AUGUCCGUUUCAGCAACUUCGAUCCCCGACACCUCGCUGGGCCUCACCUCCUCCGAGAUUCAGAUCCUUCGACAGCAGCAACAGAUUGCAUUACAAGGUGGUCAUGCCGGCAACGGGGUCUCAAGGGGCCGUGGUACCGGCCGGACCAGCAACUCUAGUUCCCGCGCGACCAGUGCCGCCAGCAGCCAAGGCCGCUUGCUUCUGGACCCUAUGAGUCUCCGUGCGCUGUCGCAUCAACUGGAUGGUUUACAGGCGCAAAUUCGCGGCCGAAUCGAAUAUUUAGAGGACCAGAUGCAACGGUCGAUUCAAAAUAGCUACGAUCGUGCAGGAAAUGUGAUCCGCAAUGCGGAUGCGGAGAUUGCUCGCACUCGCUCCAUCCUUGCUAGCAUCGACGAGCUUGACAACGAAUUAGCCAAGAUCGCACACAUCCGUGACAUCGUCAAGUCCUUUCGAGGUCGAAUAGAGAAUUUGGAUCACCGCAUGGAGCAAAACUCCCGCAGACGACGGUAG